AUGGCGUAUGUAGGCCCCUUGGUGGGCCGAACAUCACAACAGGGUGCCAUUAUAGGACCUCUUGCAGAGUGUAUAACCGAGGAGCAGGAUCACUCUAUUCUCACAGAUAUUCUAGAGCCUUCUGAUGUGGACCGUGUCUUAAGAAUCCCUAUUUCCCCGGACUAUGAGGACUCAUGGUUUUGGUAUGGUGACCCGAGGGGAUGCUACACAGUCAAGGGUGGUUAUAGAAGCAUGGUUGGAGACUAUGAAACUCUCCCAACCAAUUUUGAUAGGUGGAGCCCCUUCUGGAAAAUUAAAGUCCCCCCUAAGUGGAAAACUUUUUUGCGGAGAGCACUCUCUGAUAUUCUCCUUGUGACUACAAACUUGCUUAAAAAGAGGGUAGAGGUGGAUCCCUCAUGUCCAAUGUGUGGAAUCGUUCAUGAGGAUGUUAUGCAUUCACUUGUUUUGUGUGAUUUUACACAAUUAGUGUGGCAUGAAUCUUGUUUGGCCUUUUCUAGCAUUAUGGGUGGCAACUUCUCAUUGUGGUUCACAAAUCUUUUAUGUUCCUUGUCUGAAGACCAUGUGUGUUGGGCAGUUGCAAUUCUUUAUCACGUGUGGAAGGCACGGAACGACGCUGUAUGGAGUGGUUAUCUACCAACGCCAAGGAGAGUUGUAGCAGCCGCGAAAGCAUCACUGCAGGCAUGGACUGCGGUGCGUCAGCGACAUCCGCCGGUUGGGCAGUCCGAGGAGGUGGGCGGUGCAGUACAGCCAGCUCAGGCGUCGAUGAGCGCUUCCCUAGUGUGCUACUUCGACGCCAGUUACAACCCGGUAACACUCAAAGCGGCGUUCGGUGCGGUCUUGUUCGAUCCAGGUGGAAACUAUGUGGCUGCUAUCGCUGGACCCAUGAUCGACUGCUUUUCCCCUCUCAUGGCGGAGACCAUUGCGUGUAAGGAAGUCCUAGCCUGGCUCAGGGAUAGGGGAGUGGACUCCAUUCGGAUAUUCACGGAUUGUUCUCAGCUCUGCAGUGGCUUAUCACGGCCGCAUUCACCAUACUUUUCUUAUGUUGGUUUAUAUAUUGAUGCAUGCAAGAGUGCUAUCGCUUGUUUUUUAUUUUGUCAUAUCAAUUUAGUUCAUAGGUCGAUGAAUAUUAUUGCUCAUACGCUAGCUGCUGCGGCUGUGCAACAGGCUAGCAGACUGCACUGGGACUCGGUCCCACCCGACUUUAUUUUGGCUCAUUUAUAG